AUGACAGCAACGCCACAUUUUCUGUUUGCAGCAAUGACAAAAUUACAUCAUACAACAAAUGCAACAAAUUUACAUCAAAAUUUACCAACAAUUACAUCAUCAAAAGAUUUAUCACUCACAUCAACGGUUACAAAUGAUCCGGUAAAAAAUGAUUCAAAUUUAUGCAUGAAACAACCGGAAAUAACACCAUUAACAUGUAGUAGAUCAUUAUCAUCAUCAUCAUCAUCAUCAUCAGGAAAUGAUAAUUCAAUACCAAUUGAGGUAUUAUCAUCAAAUUGUCACAAAUUGAUAACAAAUGAUUGUUGUAGCAAAAAUAGUAAUCGUAAUACUGAUGAAACAAAUAAUGCUUAUAUAAACAAUGUAAAACGACGACGGAAACCAGAUGCAAAAAAUAUCGUUCAUGUUAUUGAGCAAAUAACAGAAGAGCAAGAUGAUGAUUUGGAUGGAAAUAUAAAUAAAUUUACAAAUAAUAUUAGUAUUGAUACAACUGAUAAAAUUAUUUGUAAACCAUCAACGUCUAAUUUAAUUCGUAAUCAAAUAACAUCAAAAUUAUCAACGAUUACUUCAUUCAAUACUCCUACUACUACUACUACUGAUACUGAUACUGAUACUACUAUUACUGAUAAUACUAUUACUAUUACUACUAGUAUUACUGAUACUGUUACUGAUACUGUUACUAGUACUAGUACUACUACUACUACUACUACUACUACUACUACUAAUCAUUUACCACUACGAUUUAGCAUUGAAUCACUGGCUACAUCAGCACCAAAACAUAUUUCAGUUUCAAAUGUAAAUUUAAAUACGAUAGAAAAUAUCAGUAGUCCAGAGUCGUGUACCUCUCAGUCACCACAUUCAGUUGAUUCACACUCAUCUCAGUAUACAUCAUAUGAUAAGUCAUCAAUUAAACAAUUAUCAUCAUUUGAUAAUUGUGAUUUUCGUAAUCCAUCAAAAAUUUCAUAUUCAUUAUUAUCAUCAUCAUCAUCAUCAUCAUCAGUAGCAGUAGCAGCAGCAUCAUCAACAACAACAACAACAGCAGCAGCAUUUCAUGGUGGAUUAAAGAAUCGAAAUGAAUCAGGUAAACUAACUUGUCCAACACCAGGCUGUGAUGGUUCAGGCCAUCAGACAGGCCUGUACACACAUCAUCGAAGUCUUUCGGGUUGUCCACGACGACCAGAUAAAUCAACAAUUCAAUUAUUAGCUCUACAACAGGAUACGGUAUUACGUUGUACAACACCAGGUUGUACAGGUAAAGGUCAUGUGAAUAGUAAUCGAGCAUCACAUCGAAGUUUAUCUGGUUGUCCAAUUGCUUAUCAGCAGAAAUUAGCACGGAAGAGUAUGCGUCAUAUGUCACAUCAAUUGACGGUGACAGCAGCGCCCUCAACAUCUUCUAAUCAUAUCAGUGAUGUAUCAAUGAUGAUUGUACCACCAACAACAACAAUUCAUUCAAUUAACAACAAUAAAUUUGUAGCAACAACUACAGAUGAAAUUCCACUUGAUUUAACACUUCGAAAAUGUAAUCAAAAAUUUACAGAAAAAAGAAAUCAAGAAAAUAAGGAUAGUCCAAAGGUGAAAAGGUCAAGGACGGAUGAUAUUGGUCAUUUGUUAAAUCGAAAUAUUACUAAUGAUGCUAUUGCUUCUCCUACAAUAGCACCGUUUUCAACAAAUAAUGCUAAUCCAUCAAAAUAUUUGUUGGGAAAAGAAAUGAAUUUAAUGUUAGAAGAGUCAGCAUUAUCAAAAUGUUUCACAAAUAGCAUGAAUACAACAGCAACAACAACAACAACAACAACAAUAGCAACAACAACAACAACAACAGCAGUUACAUCAACAACAAUGGGUGCUAACGUAAAUAACGAUAGUUCGAUGACGGGUUUUCAAUUAGCGCAACUAUUGUUAGCACAGCUGCAAGCUCAACGUGAUGCUUCAUCAUCAGUAUUAUUAUCAUGA